AUGGAGCUCGAUUCGUCUCUAUACAACCUUCCAAGCUCAGCAGGCUUUGUUGAUCAGCUCAUAGAUGAGCUAGCCAGCUUCCAACCGGAUCUGCGCAGCACCACCGGUGCUGAACUAGGCCCGCCCAGGACACAAAGCACAUACCAGCCGAAGGCGCCGCAGAGCGCUCUAUCUGGACUCUCUGCAUCUGAACUCGCCAGAGUGAAGCCGCUGCUACUCACAUUACACUGUCUCUUCCCCAAUGACCUCCUUCCAGCUCUGGACAUCCUGGACCGGAAGCUGGUUCAGCGGAUUGUGGUGCGCGGGGACAAAUUCAAUGCCGUGCCAUCAUCAUCAGCACCUACCCAGGACCAAACAGUGUCCUUGGGAAAUGAAGAGCUACGGCACGAUGGAACAAACACAAGAUGCGACCAAACUACACUCGAUGAUACGACCGACAACACUCUUGACGAAGACCUGUUUCUAUUCCUAGUAACAUCCGCUUCGUCAGCCCCUGCACACCCUAUCCGAGCAACAUCAUCAUCAUCAACAACAGCCACAACUACAACAUCACCACACACCACACAGGAACCACAAAAAGUCUACGAAGUCCGCCUCCAAGCCUGGAACUGCACCUGUCCCACCUUUACACUCUCCGCAUUCCGCGAUCUAGACUCCCGUCUCACCUCCAUCUCCAAGCCCAACUCAGCUGCAGAACCCCCAUCCAGCUCUGCAAUGCUGCGUGACCGGGAUAGAUCUGCAGUAUACCCCUUCGGUGGGACAUUGACUUGUUCCACUGACCGGGACUCGCCGCCGGCAUGCAAGCAUAUUCUCGCCUGUGUAUUGUUUGCGCGGUGUCCGGGGUUGUUUGGGGGUGGAGAGGAUGCGGGUCGGGGCAUUUCGAUGGAAGAGUUGGCUGGCUGGUGUGCGGGAUGGGGUGGUUGA